CCCUCUCCAUCUACCCUUACCCGCCGACCAAGGAUCAUCAGGGACGUGAGGUCGUACCAACCCUAACAUCAAAAUGUCAGACCCUGCAUCUCGCGCUAAGGCAUGGCCCCUUGCUGGCCCGGAGCUCAACGACCAGAUCCUGGAUCUAGUGCAGCGUGCUUCCCAAUUCAAGCAGCUGAAGAAGGGUGCUAACGAAGCCACCAAGACGCUCAACCGUGGUAUUGCCGAGGUCAUCAUCCUGACUGCCGACACUGAGCCUCUGGAAAUUCUUUUGCACCUCCCCCUGCUGUGCGAGGAGAAGAACGUCCCGUACGUCUUCGUGUCUUCGAAGGCUGCUCUUGGGAGGGCUUGCGGGGUUACCCGUCCUGUGAUUGCUGCGAGCAUAACGACGAACGAGAACAAGGAGCUGUCCAGUCAGAUCAUCACGAUUAAGAAGGCCAUUGACAAACUCAUGGUCUAGACGGUUGUCAUGAUGUAGGCACGCAGUGUUUCAUUUGUGACGUUCACGUAUUCUAUCAAGUCAACGUAGCUCUUAGUUUAAAUUUAGGACCUCUCAUUGUGGGCAUGUUGAACGGCCUCACCGAGUGCAGACUGGA